AGCAUGGGGUUAUUUGUAGUUUUUCCAUAUUUCUGAUUCGGUUUGUAACCUCAUCGGCCGGAAAUUAUAGCCGCAUUUUAGUCAAUAUUUCACUGAUUCUAUGUACGUAUCACCUGCGCUUGAGGAGCAGGAAAACGAACCAGUCCCAAAGGUGGGAAAGAGAAGGCAAAACUUCUCUCACUGAAAACCCUAAUUUCCUGUUUCUUCCAUCUCUAAAACUGGUCCAAAUCACGUGUGUUCCUUAUAUUCGCAGGGAUUCUAUUUCUAACUCAAGCUCAGAACUGGGAUUAGGGUUUUUCCUAUCCUACAAUGGCUCAUCUGGGGGGAGGAGCUGAAGCCCAUGCUAGGUUCAAGCAAUAUGAGUACAGAGCAAAUUCAAGCCUGGUUUUAACAACGGAUAACAGGCCAAGAGACACUCAUGAACCGACUGGUGAACCGGAGUCUCUUUAUGGAAAGAUUGACCCGAAAACUUUUGGUGAUAGAGCAGCUCGAGGAAAGCCACCUGAGCUCGAAGAGAAGCUCAAGAAGUCAAAGAAAAAGAAGGAUCGGGAGCCCCCUCUGGUUCCAGAGACUCAGAGAAGAGACCCCAAAAGAAGGAGACUUGAAGAAGAGAGCGUUCUCUCUAUAUCGGAGGAUGGAGUCUACCAACCCAAAACCAAGGAUACAAGAGCUGCUUAUGAGAUCUUACUUAGCUUAAUUCAGCAACAAUUUGGGGGCCAACCCCAAGAUAUUCUUAGAGGAGCAGCUGAUGAGGUCUUAUCAGUCCUCAAGAAUGAGAAAAUCAAAGACCCAGAUAAGAAGAAGGAGAUUGAAAAGCUUUUGAACCCCAUAACGCCCCAACUUUUUACGAAUUUGGUUUCAGUGGGGAAAUUGAUCACUGAUUAUCAUGAUGGGGUUGAAACUGGGCUUGGUUCAAGUGGAGAUGGAGAGGCUUUGGACGAUGAUAUUGGGGUGGCUGUUGAAUUUGAAGAGGAUGAAGAAGAAGAAGAAAGUGAUUUGGAUCAAGUUCAGGAGGAAACUGAUAACGAUGAGGAAGAUGAUGGGGAAAAUGCUAAGGAUACCUCAGCUAUGCAAAUGGGUGGCUUAGAUGAUGAUGAUGUAGAGGAAGCAGAUGAAGGCUUGAAUGUUCAGGAUAUUGAUGCUUACUGGCUUCAAAGGAAGAUCACCCAAGCUUAUACAGAUAUCGAUCCCCAGCACAGCCAGAAGCUCGCUGAAGAGGUCUUGAAAAUAUUGGCUGAAGGCGAUGAUAGAGACGUCGAGAAUAGGCUUGUUAUGCUAUUGGAUUAUGACAAAUUCGAUCUUAUAAAGUUGUUGUUGAGGAAUAGGCUUAAAGUGGUUUGGUGCACCCGUUUGGCUAGGGCAGAGGACCAAAAACAGAGGAAAUCAAUUGAGGAGGAGAUGAUGGAUGGGGGCCCUGGACUAGUUGCAAUAUUGGAGCAGCUCCAUGCUACUAGGGCAACCGCUAAGGAGCGGCAAAAGAAUCUUGAGAAGAGCAUUAGGGAUGAAGCUCGAAGGUUGAAAGAUGAUGGUGAUAGAGAGAGAAGGCUUGAGAGAGAUGGCUUUCCAGUGGAGAAUAGCUGGUUGAAAGGGCAAAGGCACUUGCUCGAUUUAGAAAUCCUUGCAUUUCAAAAAGGUGGGCUUCUAAUGGCAAACAAGAAAUGUGAGCUCCCCCCUGGUUCUUAUCGUACCCCAAAAAAAGGUUAUGAGGAGGUGCAUGUACCAGCCUUGAAGCCAAAACCCAUGGCUCCGGGUGAAGAAUUGAUAAAGAUAGCAGUUUUACCGGAAUGGGCUCAACCAGCUUUCAGUGAAAUGAAGCAACUCAAUCGGGUGCAAAGCCGGGUCUAUGAAACUGCCCUUUUUACCCCUGAGAAUAUCCUCUUGUGUGCCCCUACAGGGGCUGGAAAGACCAAUGUCGCCAUGCUCACUAUACUUCAACAACUUGGUUUGCACCGCAAUGCUGAUGGGUCUUUUGACAACAGCAGUUACAAGAUUGUCUAUGUGGCUCCAAUGAAAGCUUUGGUUGCAGAGGUGGUUGGAAACUUGUCGAAAAGGUUACAGGCCUAUGGGGUCUCAGUUAAGGAGCUUACAGGUGACCAGACACUCUCUCGCCAACAAAUCGAAGAGACACAAAUAAUUGUUACGACCCCAGAGAAGUGGGAUAUUAUAACAAGGAAAUCAGGCGACCGUACGUACACCCAACUCGUUAAACUGCUUAUAGUUGAUGAGAUUCACCUUCUCCAUGAUAACAGGGGGCCUGUGCUCGAAAGCAUUGUUUCCAGAACUGUUAGACAAAUCGAGACCACAAAGGAGCACAUACGGCUUGUGGGUCUCUCUGCAACUCUUCCUAAUUACCAGGAUGUAGCUUUGUUUUUACGGGUUGAUAAGGAUAAAGGGCUAUUUCACUUUGACAAUAGCUAUAGGCCUUGCCCCCUUGCCCAACAAUAUAUUGGUAUUACAGUGAAGAAGCCCCUCCAAAGGUUCCAGUUGAUGAAUGAUAUAUGUUACAAGAAGGUUGAGGCUAUUGCUGGGAAGCACCAGGUUCUGGUUUUUGUCCAUUCAAGGAAAGAAACAGCGAAAACUGCUCGAGCCAUAAGAGAUACAGCAUUAGCGAACGACACAUUGGGUCGUUUCCUAAAGGAAGAUAGUGUAAGUCGUGAGAUUCUUCAGAGUGAAGCUGAAAAUGUUAAGAGCACUGAACUCAAAGACCUUUUGCCCUAUGGGUUUGCCAUUCAUCAUGCCGGUAUGACCAGGGCUGAUCGUACACUUGUUGAGGAACUAUUCUCUGAUAGCCAUAUUCAAGUUUUGGUUUCAACUGCUACUCUUGCAUGGGGGGUGAAUUUGCCUGCUCAUACAGUGAUUAUAAAGGGUACCCAAAUUUAUAACCCUGAGAAAGGAAUAUGGACUGAGCUGAGCCCAUUGGAUGUUAUGCAAAUGCUUGGUCGAGCUGGAAGGCCCCAGUAUGAUACUUAUGGAGAGGGGAUAAUCUUGACUGGGCACAGUGAGCUGCAAUAUUAUCUCUCUCUAAUGAACGAGCAAUUGCCCAUUGAGAGUCAGUUUGUGUCCAAGCUGGCUGAUCAGCUGAAUGCUGAGAUUGUUCUUGGGACUGUUCAGAAUGCAAGGGAGGCGUGCACUUGGCUUGGGUAUACAUAUUUGUAUAUCCGUAUGCUUCGGAAUCCAGUUCUUUAUGGCUUGACGACUGAUGCAAUAGAAAAAGAUAAAACCUUGGAGGAGCGACGGGCUGACUUGGUUCAUUCUGCUGCAACUAUCCUUGACAAAAAUAAUUUGGUCAAAUAUGAUAGGAAGAGUGGGUACUUUCAGGUGACAGAUUUGGGUCGUAUUGCUAGUUACUAUUAUAUAUCUCAUGGAACAAUAUCUACAUAUAAUGAACAUUUGAAGCCAACAAUGGGUGACAUUGAACUCUGUCGGUUGUUUUCCCUAAGUGAAGAAUUUAAAUAUGUUACUGUGAGGCAAGAUGAGAAGAUGGAGCUUGCAAAGCUCCUGGAUCGUGUGCCUAUACCUGUAAAGGAGAGUUUGGAAGAACCCUGUGCAAAGAUCAAUGUUCUGCUCCAGGCAUAUAUUUCGCAGCUAAAGCUCGAAGGACUUUCUCUGGCUUCUGAUAUGGUGUAUAUUACUCAGAGCGCAGGGCGGCUAUUACGUGCACUUUUUGAGAUUGUGCUAAAAAGGGGAUGGGCCCAACUGGCUGAGAAGGCUCUGAACUUGUGCAAGAUGGUUGGAAAGCGCAUGUGGAGUGUCCAGACACCCCUAAGGCAGUUUAAGGGUAUACCAAAUGACAUCCUGAUGAAGAUUGAGAAGAAGGAUCUAGCCUGGGAGCGGUACUAUGACCUCUCUUCUCAAGAGAUUGGGGAGCUUAUUCGAUUUCCAAAGAUGGGCAAAACUCUUCACAAAUUCAUACAUCAGUUCCCAAAGCUAAACUUAGCAGCCAAUGUCCAGCCCAUUACACGCACUGUUCUGAGGGUUGAACUCACAAUAACCCCUGAUUUCCAAUGGGACGAGAAGGUCCAUGGCUAUGUCGAACCCUUUUGGGUAAUUGUUGAGGACAAUGAUGGAGAAUACAUACUCCACCAUGAGUACUUCAUGCAAAAGAUGCAAUACAUUGAUGAAGACCACACGUUGAAUUUCACAGUCCCAAUCUAUGAGCCCCUUCCUCCGCAGUACUUUAUUCGUGUUGUCUCAGAUAAGUGGUUGGGUUCUCAGACUGUAUUGCCUGUUUCUUUCAGGCACCUUAUUUUACCGGAAAAAUACCCCCCACCAACCGAGCUUUUGGACCUGCAACCUCUUCCUGUGACUGCAUUGAGAAACCCCUCUUGUGAAGCUCUUUAUCAAGAUUUCAAGCAUUUUAACCCCAUCCAAACUCAAGUGUUCACUGUUCUUUACAACUCAGAUGACAAUGUUUUGGUUGCAGCACCCACAGGUAGUGGGAAGACCAUAUGUGCAGAAUUUGCUCUGUUGAGGAACCAUCAGAAAGGCCCUGAUAGCAUUAUGAGAGUUGUUUAUAUAGCCCCAAUUGAAGCUCUUGCCAAGGAAAGAUAUAGGGAUUGGGAGCAAAAGUUUGGAAAAGGCUUGGGAUUGAGAGUGGUCGAGCUCACUGGGGAGACGGCAACCGAUCUCAAGCUCUUGGAAAAAGCCCAAGUAAUUAUCGGCACACCUGAGAAAUGGGAUGCCCUUUCUCGUAGAUGGAAACAGCGGAAGCAUGUUCAACAGGUGAGCCUCUUUAUAGUUGACGAGCUCCACCUGAUCGGUGGUCAAGGGGGACCAGUUUUGGAGGUUAUCGUCUCAAGAAUGAGGUAUAUUUCGAGCCAAGUUGAGAAUAAGAUUCGAAUAGUAGCUCUCUCUACCUCUCUAGCAAAUGCGAAGGAUCUUGGAGAAUGGAUUGGAGCCACCUCUCAUGGCCUUUUUAACUUCCCACCUGGUGUUCGCCCUGUGCCCCUUGAGAUCCACAUUCAAGGGAUAGACAUAGCCAAUUUUGAAGCUCGAAUGCAAGCCAUGACAAAGCCCACAUACACUGCCGUAGUUCAACAUGCAAAGGUGGGGAAGCCCGCUCUUGUUUACGUUCCCACAAGGAAGCAUGCCAGGCUAACCGCCCUUGACUUGGUCACGUAUGCUAAUGCAGAGAGUGGAGAGAAGUCAUCCUUCUUGCUCCAACCUGAAGAAGUCUUGGAGCCCUUCAUUUCUAGGGUUAGCGAGCCGGCCUUAAGUGCUGCCCUCAGACAUGGGGUAGGUUAUAUACAUGAGGGGUUGAGUAGCAUAGACCAAGACGUGGUAUCGCACCUCUUCAGUGCAGGUUGCAUCCAAGUUUGUGUAUCAAGCAGCUCCAUGUGUUGGGGGACCCCAUUAUUGGCCCAUUUGGUUGUGGUUAUGGGAACCCAAUACUAUGAUGGCCGAGAAAAUGCGCACACUGAUUACCCCAUCACUGACCUCUUACAAAUGAUGGGUCAUGCCAGUAGGCCACUCCAAGAUAACUCCGGCAAGUGCGUGAUCUUAUGCCAUGCUCCACGAAAGGAAUAUUAUAAGAAGUUUGUUUAUGAGUCGUUUCCUGUGGAGAGCCAUUUGCAGCACUUUCUGCACGAUAAUCUUAAUGCCGAGGUGGUGGUUGGGAUCAUCGAGAGCAAGCAAGAUGCAGUUGAUUAUCUCACUUGGACCUUCAUGUAUAGGAGGCUCUCUCAGAACCCAAAUUAUUAUAACCUUCAAGGGGUGAGCCACAGGCACCUCUCAGACCACCUUUCAGAACUUGUAGAGAAUACUCUUUCAAACUUGGAAGCGAGCAAGUGUGUGGCAAUAGAGGAGGACAUGGACCUCUCCCCAUUGAACCUCGGCAUGAUAGCUUCUUACUACUAUAUAAGCUACACCACCAUAGAGAGAUUCAGUUCUUUGCUCACAGCGAAGACGAAGCUUAAGGGGCUUAUUGAAAUAUUGGCUUCAGCUUCUGAGUAUGCUGAUCUUCCAAUACGACCAGGCGAGGAGGAAAUGAUAAGGAAGCUCAUCAACCAUCAAAGGUUCUCAGUUGAGAAGCCACGGUACACUGACCCUCAUUUGAAGGCAAAUGCUUUGUUACAGGCCCACUUUUCAAGGCACACGGUGGUAGGGAACUUGGCAGCGGACCAGCGUGAGGUUUUACUAUCAGCCAACAGGCUCCUCCAAGCCAUGGUCGAUGUCAUAUCGAGCAAUGGGUGGCUGGUACUAGCUCUUUCGGCCAUGGAGCUUAGUCAAAUGGUGACCCAAAGCAUGUGGGACAAGGACUCAGUGCUCUUGCAACUCCCCCACUUCACAAGGGAGCUUGCUAAAAAGUGCAAAGAAAACCCAGGCAAGAGCAUCGAGACCAUAUUUGACCUCCUUGAAAUGGAGGAUGAUGAGAGGCGUGAUCUCUUGCAAAUGUCGGAUUCCCAACUCUUAGACAUCGCCAAGUAUUGCAAUCGGUUUCCUAACAUAGACAUGUCCUAUGAAGUUUUGGAAGGAGAGGUUGCUGGAGCAGGAGAGAAUGUUAUUCUUCAAGUUACUUUAGAGAGAGACCUUGAGGGGAGGUCGGAGGUGGGGCCCGUUGAUGCCCCAAGAUACCCGAAGGCCAAGGAGGAAGGUUGGUGGUUGGUGGUUGGGGAUUUUAAGCUCAAUCAGUUGCUUGCCAUUAAGAGGGUUUCUUUGCAGAGGAAAUCCAAGGUGAAGCUUGAGUUCCCGGCGCCUUCUGAGGUGGGGAAGAAGGAGUAUACACUGUAUUUUAUGUGCGACUCUUAUCUUGGAUGUGACCAAGAGUAUAACUUUACCAUCGAUGUGAAGGAAGCAAUGGAAGGGGAUGGAGGUGGAAAUGAGUGACUGGCCUCUUGAUAUUAUGUGUUCAUGGGUGCAGGGUGGAUGCUUUGUUUAAAGUAGGGUGGGCCUCUUGAUCCUCUGAUCAUGGGUGCAGGGUGGAUGCUUUGUUUAAAGUAGGGUGGCAUUUUUCGGGUAAUUUUCUUUUAUGUUCACUUCCUGUUUCAUUGACGCUUAUUAGAUAAAAGAUCGCUUCUUUCUUUUAUGUUCACUUCCUGUUUUUUUUUUGGUCUACACUAGGAUUUUGUUUUUUUGGUCUCUGCUUUCUUUUCUUGCUCACUUUCUUCCUAGGGAGCACAUUUAAAUGCCCUUCUUGCCUAGGAGAAACAUCAACGUGUUGUGAGCUUUUCUUUGUGUUUCUGGUUUGGUUGUGUUGGUGGACCAUGAUCCUUUAA